UUGUUGUUAUGGCAUAUGGUGGGUGUCCGAGCGCCUUAGAACAACAAAUUCGGCUACAAUUUUCUACCUAUCCCAUCACAGACCACGCUACUAAGCAUCAUGGCUGAACACAACGAAAGCCCUCAGACUUUCAUGCAGCCGAUCAGCCGGACCUCUAUGUUGCCUGCAGCCACAUUCCUCGAUGCUAACGCUUCAUCCAAUUUAGUAUAUUAUGAGGACGAGGUAGAGCCGCAGGUUCUGAUGCCCAGCGUCACCUACACACACCAGGACUAUACGAGCAGGGCGAGCAGCGUCAACACCAGCAGUGCCUAUCAAGGCAGCUCACCGCGCAAGUACAGUGUUGGACGCCGUGUCUCUGGCGAGUCGAUCUUUCUGCCAUUCGCGCACAUGAAUCAACCCCCUUUGGAUGCGACUAUAACUCAGCAGGAGUUCGACGGCAGCAUGGCGAACCCUUUUUACGACUACAAGGCUCCCAACAACUUGGAUGAGAUUCAGUGUCAUGUAGACCUCAACAACAACAUCGGUGAAGUCGUCAACAACCUGACAGUUCGCAUGAACAAGGCCGAGGCGGAAGUCUCGGAGCUACGUGAGACUGUUCUGCAGCUGGCUCUGAGGUCCAUGUCGACUCCAAGCACCCCGAUGAAGGGUGUUCACGAACCGUUCAAGACGUUUGUAUUCUCCAACACCAGUCAGCAGGAUGCACAGGCCUUCGAAACCAAGGUUGUCGGCGGCAGCAAUAAGAAGAAGUCCACCAAGACUCAGGCCCGCAAAGGCCUCCAGGUGAAGAUCCCAAGCAUGAAGAUCCCUACCGCUCCACCGCUCCCCACCGGUCAGCCGGAUUCUGGCUACCUUACCGGCAGCAUGAUGGCCGGGUUCCCCACUACACCAACGUCUGGCGCACUCACCGGUGACAUGAGUUCUGCCUUCCCCAGCUCACCUCUCACUCCUGGUCGCGUCGGCCCUGCUACCCCUAGCAAGCGUGGCAAUACUUCUAUCAGCAAGCGCAAGACACACGUUGCCAGAGGGAACAUGGCGCCAGCGCUCGUCGUCGUGCCCCAGGUUCCUCUUACCGACACCGAGAUCAUUGUCUACUUCUUCCAGUCUCUGGGCCGCCCUACCGUCGCUCUCCGCCUGUACUCCCGCAAAUGGGGCCCCGCCCAGAUCGUCGAGACGCUUAACACCCACCGCGACCUCGAGGGCGGUUACCUGCGCAACACAUGCUCGGUUAAGUGUAUCACCGCUAUCAACAAGGGCAAGGACAAAUACGGUGCCAAUUGGGCUGAUCAGUUCCGCACGGGCAUCGAGAACGCUAAUGAUCUGAUUGCUACUGAUCUCAUCCGUUACGCCCACGACGAGAUGGAAGGUGUGCUUGACUACGACAUUCGCGCUCUCGGUAACGGGCUCAAGAAGCACCCCGAGGCAGGCGUCGACGGAGGUAUCUUUACCCGAUGCGUAGCAUACUGUAUCAAGUACGACGCUCAAUACGCACUGUCUAACGUUCAUGAACUCGCCUGGGCCCUGCAGACCGGUCGUCUGACUGAUGAGGAGGAGGAUGUUAUCGCCGAGGCUGCCUAAUUUUGUUUGAAGCAUACAGAGGUGUUUUGGGGGAGAAGUGUCUCAGAAUAAUUGGUUGUAUACUCCAAGUAAGAUUCUGGCGAAGUAAUACAUGGC